UUAGGAAAUAUUCCUUGGAAGAAAUUCCAGAGAGAUAGUUCCAAGACUUCUUACUCCAUAAUCAUCUUCACCGACAGGCAGAAAAACAAGCCCCAGGAUGAGGAUCCUUCUUCGGUUUCUGGCACUCUGUGCAGCGAUCUCUCUCUGCGUCUGCUAUGAGUCUCAUGAAAGCACAGAAUCCACUGAAGAUUUGUUUGUACCUCGAAACCAGGCCAACUCAUUCAUCACACCAAACAGUGACAACAUUUACAACCCCCCCAGAGGGAACAGCCUCAACAAUUACAACUUCAUGAGGACAAUAAAGUCUCUGGCGGAGAGGCAUGCAGAGACCUGUGAGGACUACUCUCCCUGCCGCUUCUACGCCUAUCACCAUGGCUAUCAGCAGGCCUACCAGAGAUACUUUGGCUCCCAGAAUCAGCCCCAGAGACCAGCUGUGACUCGUCAAUACUAAAUUCAAAGUAUCAGUCCGUCAAAUGCAGGAGUAUCAUUGUCAUAUAGAAAUGAAUGCAUAUUUCUACACUCCACAUAGCAUAACUUUUUCUGUAAUUUAUGUGAUUGUUUUUGUGGCCUCUUCUGGAUGUGAAAUGACAAUCCUAGAAAUAACACACAUUUUAUAAAUACCGAGGCAUCCAGUGUGGCCCGAAUAUCACGACAACCCACCAUUAUGUAGAGAUGUAGAAAUUCAUGGCCGAUCUUUCGAGUAGUCUCAGGAUAACUUUUAUCUCCUAUUAUCACACCCUCCCAGCAUUUAUGAGCUUUAUGUGAUGUGCUUGAAUUAGGUGUUUUGCUACACAUACAUUUUUUACACUAUCUGCCUACUUACCCAGGCCAGCACCGCUGUCAAUGAUUAUUUCCACUGCUUUGAAAAAUAAAUAAAUGAAUAAAAUUGCC